AUGUCGCAAGAAGCCGUCGACCUCAAGAACAAGGGCAACAAGGAGUUCGCCGCCGGCGACUACCCUGGGGCCGUCACAUACUAUUCCAAGGCCAUUGCGCUGAACGACAAGGAGCCAACCUUCUUCACGAACCGAGCCCAAGCAUACAUCAAGACCGAGGCCUAUGGUUACGCCAUUGCCGACGCCGACAAGGCCCUCGAGUUGAAUCCGAAGCUGGUCAAGGCUUACUAUCGCCGAGGCCUCGCCCGAACCGCCAUCCUCCGACCCAAGGAGGCAAUCGAUGAUUUUAAGGAAUGCGUCCGGUUAGAUCCGAACAAUAAGGAUGCUAGGCUCAAGCUGGAGGAGUGCAAGAAGAUUGUGCGCCAGCUCGCCUUCUUCGCCGCCAUCGAGGUUGGCGAUGAGCCUUCAGCGGCCGAGGGCCUCGACCUCGACUCGAUGGCUGUUGAUGCCGACUAUGAUGGCGUUCGCCUGGAGAAGGAGAUGACCCAAGAGUUCAUCGACGACAUGAUUGAGCGCUUCAAGACCGGCAAGAAGAUCCAUCGCAAAUACGUCUACCAAAUCAUCCUUGCCGUCAAGGAAAUCGUCUACCAGGAGGCGACCAUGGUGGAGAUGGAGAUUCCAGACGAUGUCGAGCUCACCGUCUGUGGCGAUACACAUGGCCAAUACUUUGAUCUCAUGGAGCUCUUCCGUCGCAACGGCUCGCCCAACGAGAAGCACUGGUACCUGUUCAAUGGUGACUUUGUCGACCGGGGAUCCUGGUCGACCGAGAUCGCUCUGCUGCUGUACGCCUACAAGUGGCUGCGGCCCAAGGGCUUCUUCCUGAAUCGUGGUAACCACGAGACGGACGACAUGAACCGCGUGUAUGGCUUCGAGGGAGAGUGCAAGGCCAAGUACAACGAGAGAGUGUUCAAGUUGUUCUCGGAGAGCUUCUCUGCUCUGCCCCUGGCUACCCUCGUCGGCGAAAAGUACCUGGUCCUGCACGGCGGCUUGUUCUCGGACGACAACGUCACGCUCGAUGACAUUCGCAAGCUGGACCGACACAACCAGCGCCAGCCCGGCCAGGCAGGCCUCAUGAUGGAGAUGCUGUGGACGGACCCGCAGGAGGAGAACGGCCGCGGCCCGAGCAAGCGAGGCGUGGGCAUGCAGUUCGGUCCGGACAUUACCAAGCGCUUCUGCGAGAAGAACGGCCUCGAGGCGGUCAUUCGGAGUCACGAGGUGCGCAUGGACGGUUACGAAGUGCAGCACGAUGGACGUUGCAUCACGGUCUUCUCGGCGCCCAAGUACUGCGACUCGACGGAGAACCGGGGUGCUUACAUCAAUAUCGGCCCCGACUACAAGCUCAGAUAUGAGCAGUUUGACGCCGUGCCACACCCGGACAUCAAGCCCAUGGCUUAUGCCCAGAACUCGCUCAUGUCGUCUCUGAUGUAA